CGCGGCGCGGGCGCCGGAGGAGUCAGCGUCUCCGCGUUUUCGGAGCAGCCCGGGAAAGUCAUACUGCCCGGAGGGACAGGCGAAAUGGAUGCCUAUUUGUUGGGAAAGAGUCCACCUGGGGUCCAGCUGCAGCCGUCUGAGGUGCCGGAGCUGUUCCUCAUCUAUGCAGGACCAGGCAGGGGCUCUGAGUGAACGGACCCCUGAACUGGAAAAUCUCCACUGACAAACGAGGGUGCUGGGGCCAGAGGUCCUCAAACAACGUAAAGUGGAGAGUCAAUGUGAUUUCUCCUGGGGCACCCAGCUAAUUACAGCCGAAAAUGUUUUGCCUCAGGUUACAGGAACCAACCCUCACCUUGAUGGGUGCAUGUGACAUCCAGAACCAACCAGAGCGACUCAGAAGUUAAGGUGAAAACCUGAAACCUUUCCAUCCGCAUUUCUCCUUCAAUGCGCUCAAUGACUAAGAUGCUUUGCAGCCUUACAACAGAUAUGUCAGCUUGAAAGAAAAGGAAACUACAUGUUAUCGGUGAAUCUGUACAGAUGGGGACCUUCUGGUACUUGAGCAUAGGACAUCUGACGCAUUGAUAUUCAUGCGAAGAAGAAUGUUAAUGACAGCUAAAUUUUAUCAAGCACUCAGUUUAAACCAGGCACUUUUUGUUAUUGGAGUGUGAGCUGAACCAUAUGGAGAGGAAGACAGAUCAGACUACACAUCAGACACAUGGUGCUAAAGUGAUAUGGAAAAAUACAUCACAGACUGGAAGGAGAGGAAAGCUACUGUGGUUGUGUCUGUGUGCAGCACCCACAAUGAUUUCCCCAGUGCUCAUCUUGUUCUCGAGUUUUCUCUGCCAUGUUGCUAUCGCAGGACGAACCUGUCCCAAGCCGGAUGAAUUACCAUUUGCCACCGUCGUUCCAUUAAAACAGUCCUAUCUGCCGGGGGAGGAGAUAGUGUACUCCUGCCAGCCGGGCUAUCAGUCCCGCGGAGUGGUGCGGCGGUUCACCUGCCCGCUCACAGGGCUGUGGCCCGUCAACACGCUGAGAUGCUUACCCAGAGUAUGUCCUUUUGCUGGAAUCUUAGAAAACGGAGCUGUACGCUAUACAACUUUUGAAUAUCCCAACACGAUCAGUUUUACUUGCAACACCGGGUUUUAUCUGAAAGGAGCUAAUUCCGCUAAAUGCACUGAGGAAGGAAAAUGGAGUCCGGACCUUCCUGUCUGCGCUCCUAUAACCUGCCCUCCACCAUCCAAACCUAAGUUUGCAAAACUUAGUGCUUAUAAGCCAUUGGCUGGAAACAACUCCCUCUAUGGAGGCAAGGCAGUCUUUGAAUGCUUGCCACACCAUGCAAUGUUUGGAAAUGACACGGUUACCUGCACGCAACAUGGAAAUUGGACUGAACUACCAGAAUGUAGGGAAGUAAAAUGCCCAUUCCCAUCAAGACCAGACAAUGGAUUUGUGAACUAUCCUGCACAGCAAGUACUUUAUUACAAGGAUAAAGCCACGUAUGGUUGCCAUGAUACAUACACCCUGGAUGGACCAGAAGAAGUAGAAUGUAACAAAUUCGGAAACUGGUCAGCACACCCAAGUUGUAAAGCAUCUUGUAAAUUAUCUGUUAAAAGAGCUACUGUGAUAUUUGAAGGAGAGAGAGUAACUCUCCAACAAAAAUUUAAGGAUGGAAUGCUGCAUGGCCAAAAAAUUUCUUUCUUCUGCAAAAAUAAGGAAAAGAAGUGUAGCUAUACAGAGGAUGCAGAGUGCAUAGACGGCACCAUUGAGAUCCCCAAAUGCUUCAAGGAGCACAGUUCUUUGGCUUUCUGGAAAACGGAUGCAUCAGAUGUAAAGCCAUGCUAAGCUGGUUUUCAGAUUCAAAAUUAAAUGUCAUACUUGUAUGUGUUUGUCCAAGGCACCUAAUGGAACGGGAAAAAUAAAGUGACUGAAUUUA